CCUCCCAUGUGAUCUUUGGAAGCUGCCUGUCUCAUGUGCUGGCAUAUUCCAGUUCAGACCGACGCCUGAGCUGCGUAUUCCAGUACUUGCAGACUGCAGUGGAUCAUCUUGCAGAAAUGCUGUGGGUGUGGAUAACACUGUGCAUCAUGUGGCAAGGAACAAGCAGCUUCAUGAUCCACAACAAAGUGGAACGCCUGUGCCUGGAGGACUCGCUCGGAGAUGCCGGAGUUCAGUUAAAGAGAUGCAGUGUGGACUCAGAGCUCCAGCAAUGGGUCUGGACAGAGCGGAUGUUCCUCAUGAAUGUACACACACAAAGGUGCCUGUCUGCCUUCCACAGUGACCCAAUCCAGACUCUCGAAUGUGACGGUGAAGAUUAUCUGCAGUGGCAGUGUAUGGACCAUAGGCUCAUCAGCAUGAGUCACUCCCUGGAACUAGGUGUGCAACAAGGAAGCCUGACUCUGAUUAACACAGGAAAACGAACCAGGUGGACAUCUUUGGAUCAAGGAGACAUCUGUCAGGAGAAGCUGAGAUCCAGAAAGCAGCGUGACACAGAUGAGUUUCCAUCCACAGAGGACACCAUGACAGAGGAACAGAGAGAGUAUCUCAGGUGGUACUAUCGCACUGAAGACGCAACACCCUGGAAAUUUGCCAUGCUGGGUUUGUCUCUUGUGGUUCUGCUUAUGGGGUGUGUGCUCUGCAUCAUGGGAUUGAUGAGUAACAAACAUCGGCGAGAAAUAGCCAAGUACAAAACCGCCACUGCUGCAUCUCCUGCCUUAGUAAAAGUGGAAAUGGAAGAGCUUCAAAUUAUCACUGUGUCCAAGGAGGACAAAAACUCCUACCCUGACCCAACACAAGAUGGACAACUGGAGAGCAAAGCACCACUGGAGGAAGCUAGUGAGACUGAAGCACUGAACCCUGGUGAGAUUAUGGUCACGUGGAAGGAUGGAACUGCCUCCAAACUCUACUCUGAUUCUAAUGAAGAGGGUGAGGAAGACAAGUGAUGUGGGACUGAGAGACAAAACAAAUUCCCAUUUCCUUAGUUUGCAUUCUUAUAAACAUUUAAAUGUACAAAGAGUCAAAGGCUUUUUUUUUGUUCUAUCAAACUUGAUUCAACACAUAUUGGCCUUACAAUAGACCAACUAUUGAUACUUAGUUACUGUUGCUUUUUGUUGAUCAAGCCAAUAAAUCAUAGAUGGAGAUCUUGAGUUAAGUCAAAAGAUAUGAGACCAAGACAGAGAGUGUGUAUUGUUCUCUAUCUCUUCAAAUCAGUUUGGUUUAAUUUUCUCUAAAUGCUGUUCUGACAGGUUCAUAUUAAUGUAAUUGAAUUCAUUAUCAUCUAUUAUUAAAUCUAUAGUAACAGCAUAUAAACAGGGACUUGUAUGGAUGCUCUACAUAGUCCAAGAAGACCAAUAAUAAACAGAUUAAAAAGAUCUUAUUCACCAUGAAAAACAUACAGUAUCUCUCUGCAAGACCUUUGUGGAAGGAGUCUGCAAUGUCAUGACUUUGUGCUUGUCAAUCAUUUUUCCACCAUGGCAAAGUCUUUUUCCUUGGUAAUGUAAUGAGUCUGUCUGUGUUUCUGCCCUGUUUCUGUCUGCUGUCUUUCUCUGUUGUUAAUUGUUUGCUCCGCCACUCAUUGGUUACCACGGACAUUAAUUGAACUCCAUCUCUCCUUCAGGUGUGUUGUCUUUGUCUCUGAUUGCCUCUGCUUUGUCAUUGGUUCCUGUCAGUUAUAUAUACUCUGUUUGCUCACUUCCCUGUUGCUAGUCGUUGUCUAUAUGUUUGUGUUCCUGUUAGCUCUGUGUGUUGCCUAGUUUUGCCUGUCUGUCUGUUUCUUGUCUUGGUUUAUUAAAACGUUUCAACUGCAUUUGGAUCCUCA